AAUAUAGCUUUACUCUGUCUGUCUGAUUAAAAAAACAGAGGAAUAGAGCUCUAAGGUGAGACAAGCCAUGUCUUCUUCUUCAACUCCCUAAGUCUCAUCUCACCAUCUCUCUCUCUCUCUCUCUUUCUUUUUUACCCCCAAAUUCAUAUUCUCACACUGCUCUCAUCGUCUCGCAAUUUUUUUCUUAUUCUCUCAAAUUCAACUAAAAAAUCGAAUAAAUUAUUCCCUUAUUUCUUUCUUUCUUUCUUGGUAUAUAUUCUUCUUUUGGAGAGAGAUAUGAUGAAUCCGAGUCACGGAAGAGGACUCGGAUCGGCUGGUGGGUCUAGUUCCGGUAGAAAUCAAGGCGGCGGCGGCGGUGGUGAGACCGUCGUUGAGAUGUUUCCAUCUGGUCUUCGAGUUCUUGUAGUUGACGAUGACCCUACUUGUCUCAUGAUCUUAGAGAGGAUGCUUAUGUCUUGUCUUUACGAAGUAACGAAAUGCAACAGGGCAGAGCUGGCAUUGUCUCUGCUCCGGAAGAACAAACAUGGAUUUGAUAUUGUCAUCAGUGAUGUUCAUAUGCCUGACAUGGACGGCUUCAAGCUCCUUGAACAUGUUGGUCUUGAGAUGGACUUACCUGUUAUCAUGAUGUCUGCGGAUGAUUCAAAGAGUGUGGUUCUCAAGGGAGUAACACACGGUGCCGUUGACUACCUAAUCAAACCAGUACGUAUGGAGGCACUCAAGAACAUAUGGCAGCAUGUCGUUAGGAAGAGGAGGAGCGAGUGGAGCGUACCAGAACAUUCUGGGAGCAUUGAGGAGACAAGGGAUAGGCAGCAACAGCAACACAGAGGAGGUAAUGCAGCUAUUUCUGGUGGUGAGGAUGCAGUGGACGAUAACUCGUCCUCUGUUAACGAAGGGAACAACUGGAGGAGCAACUCACGGAAGCGGAAAGACGAGGAUGGGGAAGAGCAAGGGGACGAUAAAGACGAAGAUGCCUCGAAUUUGAAGAAACCGCGUGUCGUCUGGUCUGUUGAGUUGCAUCAGCAGUUUGUUGCUGCGGUUAAUCAGCUCGGCGUUGAAAAGGCGGUUCCUAAGAAGAUCUUAGAGCUGAUGAAUGUUCCUGGACUAACCCGAGAAAACGUAGCCAGUCACCUCCAGAAAUAUCGGAUAUAUCUGAGACGGCUUGGGGGAGUAUCUCAACACCAAGGGAAUCUAAACAACUCAUUUAUGACGGGUCAAGACGCAAGUUUUGCCCCUCUUUCAACAUUAAAUGGGUUUGAUCUUCAAGCGUUAGCUGUCACAGGUCAGCUACCUGCUCAGAGCCUUGCACAGCUUCAAGCAGCUGGUUUAGGCCGGCCUACAAUGGUCUCUAAGUCAGGAUUGCCAGUUUCCUCCAUUGUGGACGAGAGGAGUAUCUUCAGCUUUGACAACUCGAAGACAAGAUUCGGAGAGGGACUGGGGCAUCAUCAUGGGCAACAACAACCCCAACAGCAACCUCAGAUGAACUUACUUCACGGUGUCCCAACAGGUUUACAACAACAGCUUCCUAUGGGUAAUAGAAUGAGCAUUCAGCAACAGAUCGCUGCUGUUAGAGCUGGACAUAGUGUUCAAAACAGUGGAAUGCUGAUGCAGUCAUUGCCCCGUGGACCACCGCCAAUGCUAACCUCGUCGCAGUCAUCCAUUAGGCAGCCAAUGUUAUCAAACCGCAUUCCCGAGAGAAGUGGUUUCUCUGGAAGGAACAAUAUCCCCGAGAGCAGCAGAGUGUUACCAACAGGUUACACCAACCACCUAACAACACAACACUCAUCAAGCUCAUUGGCUUAUAACAACUUCCAAACAGAACUCCCUGUGAACAGUUUCCCACUAGCAAGUGCACCAGGCUUAUCAGCAGUUCCAGUUAGGAAAACCAAUUCUUACCAAGAAGAGGUUAACAGCUCUGAAGCUGGUUUCGCUACCCCAAGCUACGACAUGUUCACCACAAGACAGAACGAUUGGGAUCUUCGGAGUAUUGGAAUAGCCUUUGACUCGCAUCAGGACGCAGAAUCAGCUGCGUUUUCCAACUCAGAAGCUUACUCUUCUUCAUCCAUGUCAAGGAACAACAACACAACGGUUGCAGCCACCGAGCAUGUCCGGAACCACCAGCAACAGCCACAUCCAGGAAUGGUUCCGCACCAUCAGGUUUAUGCCGAUGGAAACAGCGGUUCAGUGAGGGUGAAAUCUGAGAGAGUGGCGGCGGAUUCAGCUGCAAUGGCGUUUCACGAGCAGUACAGUAAUCAAGAAGAUCUUAUGAGCGCACUUCUUAAGCAGGAAGGGAUUGCACCGGUUGAUGGUGAAUUCGACUUCGACGCAUACUCGAUCGAUAACAUUCCGGUUUGAUUGGAUUUAAAAAGCCGGUAAAAGGGACUAUCGGGGAUUUGUAUCGUAUCAUUUACACGACCAUCUACUUCUACUUAAAAAAUUUGUUUGAUAUGUAUAGUCUGCAUGAAAUUUUAGAUGGCAGAUUAUAUACAAAAAUUAUUAUUUAUGUUAGGGUUUAAUUAUACCUUGGCGAUUUUUUUAUGUUCCUCAUUUAUUAUGUACUGAGGUUGUUUAGGGUUUUGAUUUUUCUUUAACUUCGGCAAUAAGACGUCUUGUAAGUAUUUUUUUA